AUGAGAGGUGGGGUUUACCAGCACGACGGUACACUUAAAGUAGAAGACUACGCGAGGACAAUUACUGAUAGCUACGAUAGCAAAGGAAUCCAAGAGCCGUUUUCAAUCAUUGAUCUCGAUGUUGUCAAACGUAAUCUGGAUCUUUGGAACACUGCGCUGCCAUCCGUCAAGCCGUACUACGCUAUCAAAUGUAAUCCAGAUCUGAACAUCUUAAGAACACUGUCAGCUCAUGGCGCUUGCUUCGAUUGUGCAAGCCUUCCAAUAUUGACACUGGUCCUGUCGAAUGGCCUGGCUGCAGGUGAAGAAAUCAUUCUGGCGCAUCCAGUGAAAAGCCGACGUUGCAUAGAGUACGCUAUACAAAAUGGGGUCACGAUGAUGACUUUGGAUAGCGUCGAGGAGUUGAGAAAAAUUGUCAGUAUCACUAAAGAGGCCAAGUGA